GACGGGCUCCCUCGAUGCGGGUAAAGCAACAACCUGCUUGGUGAGCCUCUUGGCGUGCCGAAAGCCAUUCCCAGUGUGUUUGUGUUCAUUGAUUGAGUCAGCCAGCAAAUUCGUUGUACCCCCGGGAUACGCCUUGUGGGGUGAAUAAAUCGCCAAAAUGGCAAAUUACCGAAUUCUAUGGAAGAGCUAUGCCACAUUUGCCAUCCUAAUGGCAAUGGGUGUGAUCGCCCAGUAUGAGUGGCAGGCAAGAGAUAGUUUUGAUGAAGUUAAAAUUAAAAUGGAUAAAGUUACGGGAGAUAACUGCCCAAUUCAGCAUUUGGGUGAUUUGUACCUAUACGAUGAUGUUGUAUCCCAUUUGCCUGAUAUCAAGGAAAUCAAUAUUAAUCCCGUCUUCCCAAAUCGAACGAAUCUCCUUCAUCUGCACAAUAUGGCCUUAAGUCGAUCCUUCUUCUGGAGCUACAUUCUCCAAAGUCGCUUCAUUCGCCCCGCCAUCAAUGAUACCUACGAUCCUGGCAUGAUGUACUACUUCCUUUCAACAGUAGCUGAUGUAUCUGCAAAUCCCUACAUCAACGCAUCGGCUGUAUACUUCUCCCCCAACAGCUCCUACACAUCAUCAUACAGAGGAUUCUUCAACAAGACAUUCCCACUCUUUGCCCCAAGAACAUUUCGUCUCGAUGACUUCAAUGAUCCCAUUCAUCUUCAGAAAAUCUCCACAAUGAAUACGUUCGACGUUCGAGAUUUAGGAUCAAUCCCCGCAAAUUCCUACUCCCUGGACUACACAACGGAGUUCUAUAAAAUCAAUGAAUGGUACAAACUCUGGCUACCCGAUGAAGUGGGGCAGCGGCAUGACACGAAAACAACGUAUCAAGUUGAAAUUCGAUAUGCAAACAAUACCAAUGAAACAUUCACCUUCCACGGACCACCGGGAGCUGAUGAAAUUCCCGGACCAGUUAAAUGGACACGACCCUACUUUGACUGUGGACGCUCCAAUAAAUGGCUUGUAGCUGCUGUUGUCCCCAUUGCUGACAUCUAUCCCCGCCACACCCAAUUCCGGCACAUUGAAUACCCCAAAUAUACAGCUAUUUCUGUUCUUGAAAUGGAUCUAGAGAGGAUAGACAUAAAUCAAUGUCCCAAAGGACAAGGUAAUAAAGGACCUAAUCGAUUUGCAGACACGGCAAGAUGUAAAAAGGAAACCACAGAGUGUGAACCAAUGGAUGGAUGGGGUUUCCGUAGAGGAGGCUAUCAGUGUCGAUGUAAGCCAGGUUUUCGCUUACCAAGCGUAAUACGACGCCCAUUCCUCGGAGAAGUCUUGGAGAGAGCUUCAGGGGAACAAUACUACAACGGUUUCGAUUGCCUCAAAAUUGGCUGGGUUCACAAAGUUCCAAUUCAAUGGGAUAGAGCUCCAUAUCAUAUUCGUGAAAAAUAUCUAGAUCGUUACUAUGAAUAUAGGAACUUCUCAACAGGACCUAGUUCAAUGCACUCAGAGAAAAUGAAUAUUGAUGAAGCUCUCAAAUUUAUUCGUAGCGUCAAUGAACAUUCUUGCAAAAACUUCCACCCUCAGGAUUUGAUUCUUCCGGGUGAUGUGGCUCCUGGCGUUAAAGCACAAUUUGCCAAUGAAGCAAGAAUGGCCGUACGCUUGGCAAACUUCAUUAGUGCCUUUCUUCAAGUCUCCGAUCCCGAUGAAGUGUACACGGGCAAGAAAGUAGCAGAUAAACCCCUGACUGAGGAUCAAAUGAUUGGUGAAACAUUGGCGCUUGUUUUGGGAAAUAAUCGUAUUUGGUCAGCUGGAACAUAUUGGGAUCGCAACAAAUUCACCAAUCGCACAUACUUUGCCCCAUUUGCCUACAAAAAAGAUCUCAAUACGCGCAAAUUUAAAGUGGAAGAUCUAGCUAGGCUAAACAAAACUGAAGAACUCUACACUGGCAAAACAUGGUUUAGACUUCUCAAACAACGGUGGUCGACGAACUUUGAUGCCCUGGAAAAGUUUCAUAUGAAAAUAAAGGUUCGCUACAAUGAAUCCGGUGAACAUUUGCAGAAAUACGAACGCUAUCCUAAUCACUACUAUGCUGGAAAUAUGGAUCAUGGCUACUGGACUGCCCCUCAGUUUGAUUGCAAUGGAUUAGUGAAGAAGUGGUUGGUUACCUACAUUGCGCCCUUCUUUGGUUGGGACAGCAUUAAGGUCAAACUUGAAUUCAAGGGUGUGGUUGCUGUAUCCAUGGAUAUGCUUCAAUUGGAUAUUAAUCAGUGUCCUGAUAACUAUUACAUGCCCAAUGCCUUUAAGAAUACCCACAAAUGCGACGAAAAGACAUCCUAUUGUGUUCCAAUUUUGGGCAGAGGCUAUGAUAGUGGUGGCUACAAAUGUGAGUGCCUUCAAGGAUUUGAAUACCCCUACGAGGAUUUGAUUACGUACUACGACGGACAACUUGUUGAAGCUGAAUUCCAAAAUAUUGUCCAAGACAAAGAAUCUCGAUUUGAUCUAUUCAAGUGCCGUCUAGCUGCUGCCUCAUCAAUUUACAGUGGCAUUCAAUUAAUUUUGGCCAUUUUGGUACUUUCUUGGCCAUUAAUUUCUCGAAUUCGAUAGAUUCGUACUAAAAGAAGAACAAUUUAUAAAAGAAAUCCUUUUUGAUAGGAAUCUAAAGGAAACCUGACUUCAAAAUUUCCAUAAAUCUUUUGAUAAAAAUAAUUCUUAUUUAAGGAAUUCAAGUGCAACUUCAGGAGCAGGUUUCCGUGUAGUUUUUAGAAUAGCAUUUAAAUUUGUAAUUAAUAUCCGUCCAUUGUUUAUUUUUUUUUUUAAUAAUGUUUAAGUAAGUAUUUUUAACGUAACUGAUUCCAUCCAACUUUUGUCCUGACUUUUUGUCUAAAAGAAUCUCAGAUUUUUAUACAUUUGUUUUUAUAAGUGUAAAUAGAGAUUUAAGAGAUAAUGAGUAAGCAUGUCAAGUUAGAGCAGGUAUAAUUCAGACAAAUAGUUUUUUUAGUAAAAGUUUUUUAUGCAAAAUGGCAAAAAGUGUAAUAAGAAUCUUAAAGUGAAAAAUACUGUAUUUUUCUGAGAGACAAAAAUAAAACAACAUAAGGGGUUGAGGAGAGACACAACCCCAUAAUAAAUAAAUUAAAA